CUUGUAAGUAAGAAACUGCGACAAUAUUCAAGUGUCACGCCUUUAAUUUUCACUUGAUUGUUGGAUGAGCCAAAAGCAACCGCCUGAACCCAACCAACCGAAGCCCAACUAAUUUUUCCUCAUAUAUUCGAUCUUCAUAUUUCACUUUCCUCCCUCCCAGGAACUGCAACAACUCCGUCAAUGGCAUCCCAUCAUACCCUCAUCCCAUCAAACCCAGAAACCAUUACCCACCACCGUUGAUUCUCAACCAAUCUCCCACACUAAAGAUCAACAGAAAAUUUCAAAACAUGAACGGUUCAAAACCUUUCAAACCCAUAGUCAACCAAGUCCUCGCCGCCAUGCUCAAAAACCAGCCCUUCGAUUCCAAUCUCGCCGCCUCCGCCGCCGCCUCCGCCGCCGCCUCCGCCGCCGCCUCUCAGCCGUGGACUGCGGACUCGGUUUCCCAAGUCCUAAUUUCCAUACCCAGAUUCUUCUUCCAGUCCCCCCGCUCCGUCGGCCGCCAAACCGGGUUCCGCCACCGCGCUCCAUUGAAGCAACGCAACCUCAGGCAAGAAUCUUACAAAUUCCACAACAACGUGCUCGUUCUCGGCCCGGCAGCCCACAGAGAUCUCGACAAAGUUCAGCUCGGGUCGGACAAAGCACUCGAAUUCUACUACUGGGUCGAAACCCGUUUCAGGUUUGCCCACAACGAACGGACUUGCAGGGAGAUGGCGAUUGUUUUGGCCAGAGGGAAUAGGUUGAAAGCCCUUUGGGAUUUUCUCAAAGAAAUGUCGAAGAGAGGGAGCGGCGGGCUUGUUACCACAGAGAGCGUUACCUGUUUGAUAAAAGUCCUAGGAGAGGAAGGCUUGGUUAAUGAUGCAUUGGCUGCUUUUUAUAGAAUGAAGCAGUUUCAUUGCAAGCCGGAUGUGUAUGCUUAUAACACCAUUAUUUAUGCUCUUUGCAGAGUUGGGAAUUUCAAUAAGGCCCGGUUUUUGUUGGAGCAGAUGGAGUUGCCGGGGUUUAGAUGCCCGCCGGAUGUGUUCACUUAUACGAUUUUGAUUAGUUCUUAUUGUAGGUAUGGUUUAGAGACGGGGUGUAGGAAGGCCAUCCGGAGGCGGUUGUGGGAAGCCAACCACAUGUUUCGAAACAUGCUUUUCAGUGGUUUUGUUCCUGAUGUUGUCACUUACAAUUCUUUGAUCAAUGGUUGUUGCAAAACUUACCGGAUUGAGAGGGCGUUGGAGUUGUUUGAAGAUAUGAACAAAAGGGGUUGUACCCCCAAUCGGGUUACUUAUGAUUCGUUUAUUAGGUACUAUGCUGCAGUUAAUGAGAUUGAUAAGGCUGUUGAAAUGCUAUGGAAGAUGCAAAAUUUGAAACACGGAAUGCCUACUUCAAGUUCGUAUACUCCAAUCAUUCAUGCCUUGUGUGAAGCAGGAAGGAUCAUAGAUGCCCGAGAUUUUCUUGUUGAGAUGAUUGAUGGAGGCUCGAUACCUAGAGAGUAUACGUAUAAAUUAGUUUGUUAUGCACUAAAUUCAGCUGGAGAAGUCAAUUUGCUUGACGAUGAUGUGCGUAAAACAAUAAAAGACGGUAUAGUGAGCAGGUAUAGGCAGACAAUGAAGGUGAAGCCAAUGAUGAGUCGCAAAGGAUAUGAUAGCAUGGUGGAAACUUGAUCCCCACUUAUUGAUGAUUCUUUUUAUCAUGCUACAAAUCUGUGGAGCUGCUGUGCUGUUUCAGAAGUGUUACAUGUUUGAAGCAAUUUUCAGGCACUGUGAGUUGGAAUCGCCAAGGCCUUAGGAAUUGCAACAUCUAUUUUCUGAAAGCACUUGGCAAGUAGAUAAACUCUUUUAACUUUGGCUGUGUCAAGGAACAUCUGCUAAAUUUUAAAUUCAAGGAAUGAUGGCCCUUCAAGUUGCUGAUGAGCUGCCAGCUUUGGUCACUGGCCUAGACUAUAUGCUGGAGCUCAAGGAACAUGAUGAUUGUGCUAAAUUUUACUUUCAAAGAAUGAUGGCCCUUCAAGUUGCUCAGGAGCUGCAGGCUCAGGUUACUAGACUAGACUAUAUGCUGGAGCUCGUUAAUCAGGAAGAUUUUUGGCGUGAUUUGUCUUCUGCUGUUAUAAUGGGGGGAGACUUGAACAUUGUGCGACGAAGAAGAAAGUUAAGGUUGAAAUUCGCCAACUUAUGUCACAAAGUCUUUUCUGAGUUCUCACAUUGUGGUACAUGGUCAGGUAUUUGGAGAUUACAUAUUGCUUGGUUAGAGCGGAUGGCGCUCCUCUUACGCUCAUGAAUUUGAAUCCACGUCCCCGCAGUUUAGAUUAAAUUCUUCGUUUCCUCCACACAACAGAACAAGGAAGAAGAAGAAAAGAAAGGACAAAACUUCUGGGCACUGCACGCUCUGCGUUUUCUGGUUGGAUCUAGUGGUUUUCUACUGACACAUAAGUUUUGUAUGCCGUGCAAGCUUCACACAAGCCAAUGCAAGGGGCUGCAUGGUUCACACCUAAACCCGUCAAAUUUGAUAGUUCUUCAGCGUCUCUGACUUCCCCUAUAAAGAUUGACACCAUAUGAAGUAGCAGCUUUUUAGCUCUGAGUUCGAUCUCUUCAUUCAUCCUUCCCAGUAGUUUAUUUCCUGUUGCAAAACUUGAGAGUCCUGUCAUUGUCACUCUCACACUGGUGGCAUCGGCAAGGCAAAGACUUGCUACUGCUUUACUUUCCGCCUCUAUUUCGGUACUGGAACUCCCUCCUCCUGAACACACAAAUGCCAAAAUCUCUGUGUCAACUUGUCCAAUCUGGUUUGUAUUAUUUACAAACUCUCUCUGAGUCCAGCAUUUUACUGAUCAUAUGAUGUAGUUUUUUAUUUUGAAAAAAGAAAAAGAAUACAUGAUUGAAAGUGGAUUUGUCUCCGUAGGUCGAAUAUAAACUAUGAAUAAAUUUUUUUU